AUGCACAAAAGUCUCAUUUUCAUCGGAAUUUUUCUCGUCUCACCGAUUUUUUGUGAUGUCGAUUUAUCGUCCGAUAAAUUUACGAAUCUCAAGUCUUACGCGAAGAUUCCUGCGGUAUUUUGGCGCGCUUUGGUUCAUGUCCAGCAAUUGUGGUUGAACAUGAAUUCCCGACGUCGCAUCAGUAGUGAAUCAGGUGCAAAUCUCUUGGAGCCCUUUCCCGAUAAUUUUUCGUUUCCAUGUGAUACGAAAGAGGGCAGAAGCCAAAAACGUCCCACUUCGGUGCACAAAUUGCGUCCCGGUGACAUCGACAUCAUUGGCGCGAUUGGAGAUUCGUUGACGACAGCUUCGGGGGCACUCAGUUCUCGAUUGGGACACAUGUUCACGGAAAAUCGAGGACUUGCAUGGAACAUCGCCCUGGGAGUGGGUUUCAAUACGGCAGAAAUUGGCGCUAUAACGUUCGAUUUGCCGGGAAUGGCUCAAGUACUGGUUGAGCGAAUGAAGAAGGAUCCACGUGUGAAUUUCGAAAAGGAUUGGAAAAUGGUCACGAUCGCCAUUGGAGCGAACGAUAUAUGCUCGUACGUGUGUUCUUUGGAUGAUCCGAAUACUUUACCAGAGAAGCAUGGUAAAAAUUUGCUAGAGACUUUGAGAUAUUUUAAGCAAAAUUUACCAAGAGCUUUCAUAAAUGUCGUUUCAAAGCCAAAAGUGAGCGUUUUAUUGGAUUAUCGAGAAAAGUCACCAAAGUGUGAAAUAUUACAAUUGGGAAUGUGUUCAUGUUUUUCGGGAUUAUUCUUCAAUGCGACAGCUGAAACCCGAAAAUGGUUCAAUGAAAUUGAAGAUAGGUACAUAAAAGUUGAACAAGAAGUUGCCAAGUCGAAUGAAUUUCGUGGACUACAAGAUUUUGCAGUGGUUUAUCAACCAUUUGGUCUUAAUACCUCGCUCAACAUCGAUGGAAAUGGCGAUGAUCGAGCCCUUUUAGGCUACGAUUGCUUUCACAUCAGUCAAAAAGGUCACAGUUACAGCGGAAUAUCACUCUGGAACAACCUUCUUCAAGCUGAACAAGACAAACAAACAUCUUGGAAUUCGCCACACAAACAAUUCAUCUGUCCUUCCGUCAAACAUCCUUACCUCUACACGUACGAGGUCACACAUCACCGAUGA